AUGAGCGCCACAAAGAAGAGGACGAAGUCUCCUGAUCCGGAGGCAGUAGAAGAGGAUGAAAAACAGUAUGGCAAUGGCCCGUUGACACUGGAAGAGUUAGAUCAACAGCCACGAAAUCACUCCAAAACAUUCCUCUUCUCCGAACUCUACAAGUCCCUCUUCAACCCUCUCAUUGAAUGUAAACCCCAUCCCCCUGGAGCCGCGACCACAGCCACGACGGCAGCAGCCAAGGGCCGUCCCGGCCGGCGCGGCGCGAACCCAUCUAAGGUUUCGUAUCACGAACAGCGGCGGCACAUCAUUGAGCGCUUCAUGGCGCGAUGGCGCGCAGACGUGGGCGACGACUUCUACCCGGCCAUGCGCCUCAUCCUGCCGGAUAAGGAUCGCGAUCGCGGUGUGUAUGGCCUGAAAGAGAGCGCCAUUGGGCGACUGCUCGUCAAGGUCAUGAAAAUUGAUCGCCAUUCCGAGGAUGGCUACGCACUGAUGCAUUGGAAGCUGCCUGGCGGUGCUGGGGGUUGGAAGUUUGGUGGCGGGGGAGGGGGCGGAGGAGGGGGAGGUGGUAACGGCAAGGGGGCUGGUACGGCCGGCGAUUUCGCCGCGCGGUGUUAUGAAAUCGUUGGGAAGAGAGCCAUGCGCACGGAGCCAGGGAAUCUCACUAUCGCAGAUGUGAACGUGAUGUUGGAUCGGUUGGCGCGUGCGAAUGGCGAGGCAGAGCAGCUGCCUAUCUUCGAAGAGUUCUACCGGAGAAUGAACGCAGAGGAGCUGAUGUGGCUUGUGCGCAUCAUUCUCAAAGACAUGAAGGUGGGCGCUACAGAGCGAACAUUUUUCAACCUGUGGCACCCGGAUGCUGAAGCGCUGUUCAGCGUGUCAUCAAGCUUACGACGGGUCUGUUGGGAGCUCUAUGACCCAGAAUUUAGGUUAGAGCAAGAAGAAACAGGCGUAACGCUCAUGUCCUGUUUCCAGCCGCAGCUGGCGCAAUUCCAGAUGCAAGGCUCGUUUGCCAAAUUAGUGGCGAACUUGGGGGUCACUGAGGAGGAACCAGAGUUCUGGAUUGAGGAGAAACUAGAUGGCGAGCGAAUGCAGAUGCACAUGAUGGAGGAUGAGAGCGUGCCAGGAGGAUUCCGAUUUGCCUUUUGGUCCCGUAAAGCAAAGGAUUACACAUAUCUGUACGGGAACAGUUUGGAAGACGACAAAUCGGCACUUACACGCCACUUGAAGAACGCGUUUCACCCGGGCGUCCGCAACCUGAUCCUGGACGGUGAGAUGAUCACCUGGGAUCCCGAAGUGGACAAGAUCAUGCCUUUUGGCACACUCAAGACGGCCGCUCUGGAGCAGCAAAAGAAUCCCUUUGCUUCUGGUCCACGGCCCCUGUACCGGGUGUUCGACAUUCUGUUGCUCAAUGACAAGUCGUUAACAGACUACACUCUGGCUGACCGCCGUCGAGCUCUGGAGCGAGCUGUCAAAGGAGUUCCAAGGCGGUUAGAGAUCCAUCCUUACGAAAAGGCCACCUCGGCAGAUGCUAUCGAGCCGGCUCUGCGCAAGAUCAUUUCCGAAUCAUCGGAGGGUCUAGUCCUCAAGAACCCUCGAUCGCGGUACCGCCUCAACAGCCGCAACAACGACUGGAUCAAAGUCAAGCCCGAGUAUAUGUCUGAGCACGGCGAGUCUCUCGACUGCGUCAUUAUCGGUGGUUACUAUGGGUCUGGACGGCGAGGUGGUACCUUGUCAAGCUUUCUUUGCGGUGUACGGGUUAGUGAGAACUUUACCAGGUCAGGUGCAGCCUCCAAAACGGAAAAGUGUCUCAGCUUCUGCAAGGUCGGUGGCGGCUUCAAGGGCGAAGACUAUGCUGAGAUCCGGCAUCACACGGAGGGCAAGUGGAAGGACUGGGACCCCUCAAAUCCGCCAUCCGAGUACAUCGAACUUGGCGGCGGCGAGCGGCUGCAGCACGAACGACCAGAUGUCUGGAUCCGGCCGAGCGAGUCCGUGGUUAUCUCGAUUAAAGCAGCUUCGUUUGGGCCCUCAGACCAGUUUGCAACAGGUUACACGCUGCGAUUUCCGCGUUUCCGUGCCCUGCGCCUGGACAAGGCCUGGGACCAGGCUAUGGAUGUCGAUGAAUGUGACGCCAUCCGCACCAAGGUUAAAGAAGAAGAGCAAGAACGCAAGGCUAUGGAAAUAGAAAAUCGAAAGCGUCGGCCGACGAAACGCCAGAAACGCGAGAUCGUUGUGGCUGGCACUGACCCCAACGCCUCUGCACCCCUUGAAUUUGCUGUACCCUUAACCAACAAGCAGCUGUUCAAGGGCCUCGAAUUUUGCGUGCUCUCUGAGGGUCUCAGGCCACGGAAGAUUUCGAAGCCGGAGCUAGAGGAGCUUAUCAAGAAACAUGGAGGGACAAUCAAGCAGAAAGUCGACCCAGCAUCAGUCCGCGGGGGCGGCACGAUCGUCUUGGCCGACAAGAACGUUGUGCGCGCAGCCAGCCUUAAGAAAGCCGGGGGUGUGGAUAUAGUUCGCCCCCGUUGGGUAUUCGACUGCCUCGAGCGUACUGGCGGCGAAGGGUACCUGCUGCCCUUUGAAACAGACCGUCACUUGUUGCAUGCCACUGAAGGCAUGAAGCUUGUGGCUCGUGAUAAUACGGAUGCAUAUGGCGAUAGUUAUGCGCGGGAUGUGGGAAUUGAUGAGUUACGGGAGAUAUUGGAUCGCAUGAAUCUUCCGGAGCGUUCGAAGGAAUUCGAUGCUGGGCUGUUUCUAGACCAGUUGGAGGAACAUGGACAUGGGCUGGAAGAGAUGAGGAGCUUCCUGUUCAGGAGGUGUCGUGUCUAUUUUGCUGUUGCAGAAGGAAAAGAAGGAUCUGAGACCGAGGUGAUAAGGUUGGGUUACUACAUCCGGUUUGGAAACGGGGAGAUCGUUGAGAGCAUCAAAGACAGAAAAGACAUAACGCAUAUGGUUGUUGUUGCCGGAAGCAAAGAACAAGAACGCAUCGUGGCAGUAGAUAUGAGGUACAAAGUCAGUUCGUGGAGAGCUAUCCCACGGAUUGUUACACCCAAGUGGGUUGAGGAUUGCUGGAAGGAGGGCACCGUGGUAGAUGAAGAGGCUUACGCUCCUUGUUAA